GCGGCGCGCCGUCGGGGCUCCGCUCUCCAGGCGUUUGGGUUAGAGCCGCAGCGUUGGGUGCACCAUCAUCGCUCGGCUGCCAGUUUUUGCUGGUGCGGUUUACCUCUGUCUGUUUCGCUGCAUCUGACUCUUAUGCACUUAAAAGGUGCCAUAUUUCCGUUUCUUUCCGCUAUAUGGUGUCCUAAAUUAUAUUCGAUUGACCUUGCCUUGAAUGUCAUCAUAAAAAUAAUUUAUUUUUUUUAAGGAUCAUCAGCAUACUACAACAUGGAGAUUGUAAGCAACUUAUUAAAUGACACCAUAGAGUUCUACAAAUGGAGCCUUACCAUUGCAGACAAACGUGUGGAGAAAUGGCCAUUGAUGGGGUCUCCCCUGCCCACACUGACCAUCAGCUCGCUCUACCUGCUCUUCCUCUGGCUUGGACCCAAGUUCAUGCAGCAUCGGGAGCCUUUCCAGCUGCGGAAGACUCUCAUCGUCUACAACUUCAGUAUGGUGGUCCUCAACUUCUUCAUCUGGAAGGAGCUCUUCCUGUCCACGCGGGCAGCGGGCUACAGCUACCUGUGUCAGCCAGUCAACUACACGGAUGACGAGAAUGAAGUGCGGGUGGCAGCAGCCCUCUGGUGGUACUAUGUGUCAAAAGGUGUGGAGUACCUGGACACUGUCUUCUUCAUCCUGCGUAAGAAGUUCAACCAAGUCAGCUUUCUGCACGUGUACCACCACUGCUCCAUGUUCACUCUCUGGUGGAUUGGCAUCAAGUGGGUGGCUGGAGGGCAAUCCUUUUUCGGUGCACACCUCAACGCCGCCAUUCACGUCGUCAUGUACCUUUACUACGGUCUGGCCGCCUUUGGGCCCAAGAUCCAGAAGUACCUGUGGUGGAAGAAGUAUCUGACCAUCAUCCAAAUGAUCCAGUUCCACGUGACCAUCGGACACACGGCCGUCUCCCUCUACAUCGACUGUGCCUUCCCCCACUGGAUGCACUGGGCCCUGAUCGGUUACGCCAUCACCUUCAUCAUUCUCUUCGGCAACUUCUACUAUCAAACGUACCGCCGGCAGCCACGCCGGGAAGCCCCCUCCAAGGCCGCCGCCAACGGUAUGACCGCAGCAGCCAACGGCGCCGUCAAGGUGGAAGAGAAGCCAGCCGUCGAGAAUGGGAGGAAGAGGAAGAAGAGCAGACCCAAGCAUGAUUAAGGAUGCCUGUGGAACAGGCCUUCCUGUGAACAUCCAGAGGAUUGUGGGUCUGGGAGAAGGGGCAGGGGUGUGCUUUCUUUAUACGCCCCCUGGUGGUGGGUGUGAGUAGGACUGUGACUACCCCAAGGGAGGAGGAGCUGUGGUGGCUGUUGAAUGCUGGGGUCACGUCACCCCAAUGUAUCGUUAACAUCCGUUUGAAAAUGAAGGCGAUGCCGUCUCCCUUUUCCUCUUUCCCUUUAUGGAAGUCAGGGGGUUUUUAUUUGAUGCGGAAGGUUUCUAGAAGGAUCCAAGAAUACAUGACACACACAUGCACACACAGCCCAAGUGAAGAUGGCUUUCCUAGCCCAGCAGUUACUCCGAACUUGUCGUUAUUGCUCCCCGUAUGUUCUCUAUUCUCUUCUCCCUGCAGCUGUUAACGUCAUUUAUUUUAGCGUAAAUGUAACGUGACCGUCUGAUCCCCGCCCACCCGUGUCCUCGAUUCCCUCACGUGACCCAGAACGACGAGACCGCAGCAGGAGACGUCCGCUUACCGAAUCUCACCAAAGACCGUCGCUCAGAGAGUCGCGCCCUCCGCAGCCACGUCGGCCUUCCGUCCGCGCGGCUCGCCGUGAUUGCUUGAGACGCAGCAUGUGACCCGUGAUGCGUCCCGUCGGGAUGAUCCUCCGUGUCUGUUCUGUAGUUCCGUCUGGUGCAGUGUCCGCCCUCUCGCUGUCAUGCUUUCACUGAUCCCACGGCUGCCUCCUCUGUUCUUGCCAUGAUGGUGAAGGUGAUUAUCAGCCACCGUGACAGUGACUGUGUUCCUGGUGCCUCUGCAUGUCCAGAACACCUCUGAACGAACACAGACAAUGAUACAUCCUUCGUUUUUCUGGGCUAAUAUAAUUUCUAAUGCUUCUUGUGUAAUCUUUUGUAAUGCAUCUCACAGACUCUAUGUAUUUAAAGCCUGGAUGACUUUCCUGGGCUAACAUUCAUUCUGCUUUAUGUAUAAUGUUUCCGAACUAAUGUUUAUUUAACGUCUGUAUAACAUUUCUUCACAGCCGUCAGCUAAUCAGUCUCCUAAAGAGAGCAACUCCAUUCACACCAGUGUGAAGUCCUCCACCUCUUUCCUCCAUCCUCCCCUUCUCUAUUAUUCUGUCUAUUCCUCUCCCUCUGUAUCCCUCCAUCAUUAAGAACGAAAGGCAGGGAAACCUUACCUUUUCUGCGAUGAGGCAGAUGACCCAUCCCAUCUUUUAUUCAAUGUCCAUGUCACUGCCAGCUAGGUGCUGUGCCUGCAUCCAUAGCGAACAGGCGGACAGUAAAACUGGACAGGUCAAUCUGCAGGUAGGUGGUCAGCCUGCAUGGCUCAGCCUGCCGGCAAAUGUCACGUAUGUCUUUGUGAGCCCCCGGUUUAGGGGGCCGGGUCGCCUUGCCCAGUUCCUACACUGACCUCUCCAGCCAUACUGCAUCCCCUUGGUCAGUGUUUCCCAACCUGCACCUUGGGACCAGAGGAGAGUCCACGUUUUUACAACUACCAAGAGCUGGGUAGGAGCAAAAAUGCAGACCGUCUGUUGGUCCCCGAGGACCAGGCUGGGAAACGCUGCCCUUAAGUCUGUGAAAAACCAACUUAAACAUCUGCUGUAUCUUUGUAUCUUACUGUAUGUAAAGGUAGAUUUUGGAAUGACACUUGGAUCGAUUUUUUUGUUGUGUUUGCCGUGUAAGAUAUUGAGCAAAAACUCAUCGACAUCCCAGCCUGCUACACACACCUUUGAAAUAAAAAUAACGAUUGCAGAUGCG